CUCCUCCUCCUCCUCGCCAAACCUCAUCCGCCAACCUCGCGACAACUCCGUCAUUUCUCGGUCUUUUUCUUUCAUUCUUCUUUCUUUCAACUCGUUAUACCCUCCUCUACAUCCCUGUACACCUUUCCGCCAACCUCGACAUCAACUCGACCACCUCCCCCCCCUCUUCCCGGCGGUAGGUACCUGGACGGGCCUUCCUCACGGGCGUGCGCAUCCACUCGCUGCCUGCCGUCGCAGCGCGGCCCUGGGCAAGCCAUACCCUUGGCGGCCGCAGCAGAGCAAUGUCGUACACCCUCAGGUCUCCCAGCCUACCGCUCAGCACAGGGACCAUACCUAGUAUACCUUGACAGUGAAGGAGCCAGAUUUGGGGGAGUGCAUCAGUAGCAUCCUCAGUGGAACCAUCCCCCCAAGCCUGCACCUUCUUUUUCCUUCCAGCUGGCCGUGGUGCGGUCAGAUUGGGCUGCCCUUGCAGGGCAGAAAUAGAAUUCAGUACUCUUUAAAUGG